CUUCUCAGCCUGCCUAGGCUGCGCUUUGUCCGGCGAUGGCGAGCGAGGGGAAGCCACUGCCAGGCCCAGGCCCGCCGCUGUCGCUGGAGGUGGGGCGCGUCCAGUUCCUGGAGCAGCAGCCGCCGCUUUGCAACUCACAACCUGGCUAAUUUCCUGCGUCCUCUGGCACCAGGAAGGAGGACAAUUCGUCUCCUGGGCUGCUGAAGCGGACAGCUGUCAGAGAGGCAGGAGCUUCUGGGAGCCGCGGUCUGAAGGCUACAUGUGCUGCCUGGUCAUUCAAAUUGUCAAUUUUAGGUCCAGAAGUGUCCAAACCACAAGUUCUCAAAACUCUCAGAGAAAUGGCUCCCUCCAAGUUAAGAGUGCCUGGACACUGGAAAAAGCGAAUCCCUGAGCACCUGGAAUCGAAGAGCAUUCCGGGUUCAGAUUUAAACACCUUUGGAGGUCUGCGUGGGGCGGCCAUUGGCGGCGGAGUGUCACGUGACCGCGGGGGCGUGCCAAUGUGCUCCCUUACGGGUGUCAAGCCCCUGUCAGAGUGUGCGCUCACGAUCGUGAAACAUCGCGAUGCAAAAAGCGACCUUCUACGACAGCUCGGCGAUCUACGGUGGCUACCCCUACCAAGCAGCCAAUGGGUUCGCUUACAAUGCCAGUCAGCAGCCAUACGCGCAGCCUGCGGCUUUGGGCACCGAUGGCGUUGAGUACCACCGACCCGCCUGCUCCCUCCAGUCCCCCGCCAGUGCUGGAGGUCACCCCAAAGCUCACGAGCUGAGUGAAGCGUGUCUGCGCACCUUGAGUGGCCCUCCUAGCCAGCCCCCAGGUUUGGGUGAUCCGCCUUUGCCUCCACCUCCUCCCCAGGCAGCACCCCCAGCCCCACAGCCUCCCCAGCCGCCACCACAGCCCCCUGCCCCCACUCCUGCAGCUCCCCCGCCUCCCUCUUCUGUAUCCCCCCCUCAAAGUGCCAACAGCAACCCUACCCCCACCAGCACAGCCAAGAGCCCCCUGCUCAACUCUCCCACAGUGGGCAAACAAAUCUUUCCCUGGAUGAAGGAGUCGAGACAGAACACUAAGCAGAAAACCAGCGGCUCCAGUUCAGGGGAGAGCUGCGCUGGUGACAAGAGCCCGCCUGGGCAAGCUUCGUCCAAGCGCGCGCGCACGGCGUACACGAGCGCGCAGCUGGUUGAGCUGGAGAAGGAGUUCCACUUCAACCGCUACCUUUGCCGGCCGCGCCGAGUGGAAAUGGCCAACCUGCUGAACCUCACAGAGCGCCAGAUCAAGAUCUGGUUCCAGAACCGCCGAAUGAAGUACAAGAAGGACCAGAAGGGCAAAGGCAUGCUGACCUCGUCUGGGGGCCAGUCCCCAAGUCGCAGUCCGGUGCCUCCCGGUGCAGGAGGUUAUCUGAACUCUAUGCAUUCGCUGGUCAACAGUGCCCCUUAUGAGCCCCAGUCACCCCCUCCCUUCUCCAAGCCCCCCCAAGGCGCCUAUGGGUUGCCUCCUGCCUCCUACCCCGCUCCCUUGCCCAACUGCGCUCCCCCUCCUCCCCCACAGAAGCGCUACGCAGCGGCGGGGUCAGGCGCAGGGGCCACCCCUGACUAUGACCCGCAUGCUCACAGCCUGCAGGGUAACGGCAGCUAUGGGACCCCACACUUACAGGGAAGCCCCGUCUUCGUGGGGGGCAGCUAUGUGGAGCCCAUGAGCAACUCCGGGCCAGCACUCUUUGGCCUAACCCACCUCCCCCACACCACCUCGGCUGCCAUGGACUAUGGGGGCACUGGGCCGCUGGGCAGCGGUCACCACCAUGGGCCGGGGCCUGGGGAGCCGCACCCCACCUAUACGGACCUUACUGCCCACCAUCCUUCUCAGGGAAGAAUUCAGGAAGCGCCCAAACUCACCCACCUGUGAUGAUGGGCCAGGAGAGUUGCCCUCCACAGCUUCUUUGGUUCUUUUUCCUUUUUAAAAUUUUGUUUUGUUGUAUGUUCUGCCUCCCUCUCCCUUUUCUUCUCUGCACCCCUCCCUCAUUUUUUUCCUUUGGUAAUGCGUUUUUAUGGUUUAUGUGACGUAGCAAUCUUGGUUGCUGGAAAGGCUGUAUCAGUAGUGACAUUUACAACCCCCACCGCCCAGCCCCGGCUCUGGCUCUACACCCCUAACCUUCUCUACUCUUUGAUAAGAAACAGGGUAUAUGAACAAACUUGCUAGUUGAGUUUUCAAUGUGAAUUUGUUUGUACGUUAUGGCUCCGGAGAGGAAGCAAUUACGUUUAUUUUUUUUUUAAGUUUUAGUUUUUAAAAUUGCACUUCUUGUAAUGAGCGAGAAAAAGAAAUCAAAGGCGCUUUGAAACAGGGACUCCCUGUGCAAAGAUGACUAAGUGUACGUCUUUCCGUGUGUGUAUGCUUGUGAACAGUCAGAUUUAUUUAUAUUUUUUGCAAGCAUUGAAUAGUCUAAGUUUUAAAUAUUAUUUAUCCCCAUCCGUUCGUAUUUAUAUUAAAGAAAUUCUGUACCCUGAUUGUUCAGAAGGUUUCUUGAGCCUUUUGUUCAAUGGUGUAUUGGCAUACAUAUAAAAUUUAUUUGAAAGGGAAAUAAAAUUCCUUUAUAAAAACCGUAGCGAUGCAAUAAGAACAGAGAAGACCCAGCGUUUGAAAACAGUGGUUUAGGUUUGAGACAUCCGGCAGAACUGAACGCUAAAAAUGCUAAUUUGUUUUGAGAGUUUUACAUUCCUUGCUGCUCACAUUCUGAGAAACAAAACAAAAAUAAAAAAUAAAGUUUUUAU